CACAGCCAGCAGAGCUCCGGCAGGACUGUGCAUGCAGCACCAACUCCCCGUUAUCCGAAUGAGUGUCACCCGCUUCACUCGUUAGCCAGCCAGAGCACCGAUAAAAGCAAGGGGCCAAAGUUUCAAAAUAGAGAGAGAGAAUUUCUACCAAGUGCUGCCGUUCCCUAAUACAGAGAGUACUUUAAUACACAGUGUUGUCCCGAACAACAUAUUUCUUGUUCAUUGAGCAGAGGACGUCGCUUCCUUCCUCCGUUCACGAGCACCACCAGGGUGUGCGACGGUACCGGACAACAACAUGACAACGCAAACAAUCAAAACGGAGCCGGGAACUGAAAUAACAGCGAUGUGUUUCCUGCCGGGGAGACGCGGCAACAAUGACAAAACACUCGCUGUGGCCCUGGCAGACGGACGGAUCCUGUGCUGCUGCUGCAGCACCACCACCAUUGCACUGGCAGUACUUUCAUCGAAGACGUCAUGCUGCAUCGACCUCAAGCAACGGCCGUGUUGCAUCCAGCCCUGCCACGAAUCAAAUGCCUUGCUGGUUGGCGCCGACGACGGCACCGUGGGACUCAUUCACUGCGACCAGACAGACAACAAAGCGCAACCCAGACUGACUCUCAAGCAUGCCUGGAACGUGCUUUCUGGGAACCCAAUCGACCACGUUUUCCUCGGCAGAUCCCACUCUCCCGGCAUCGCCUUCCUCGCAGGUACAGGCAACAGCAAAAUCACGUGCGUGUCAACGAGACCAACCCACAAUUUUGCUGUUCUAUCCGAAGUGACACUCAAGGAAGACGUGCUGAGUGCGUCGCUUGUGGAACCCCAACACACGACUCGUCUCUGGGGUUCGCCCGCCUUCAAGUCAAACUUCUUUGUGGCCAAUGCCAAUGACAAGUCCGUGGCCGAGUGGCGGGUUGGGCCUGUAGUCGAGGGCACGACGGCUGCUGCUACUGUUCCCGCAUCGGCAUUGUCGACAUCAACAACAACAUCAGAACCGAUCCUUACACUCGUCCGCAUUUUCCCCACUGCACACGAGCUGCACAUCGAGCGACUCCUGCUGGCUGCUGGCGACAACAACCUCUUCACUGCCGGACUUGACAUGCAAGUGGGGCGACUGGACGUGUCUCAGACAUCUCCCGAAAACAACUUUUCACUCGUGUGCCAAGUCGUCGACUUCCCCACCGUGACAGCGACCACCACGACCAACAACGACGAAGAAAACUUUCUCCUUGCACUUGCCAUCAACCCCAGCCUCGAUCUCCUUGCUGCUGCAUCCAAACACGUCAUCAAGUUGCUUCACCUACACGCUUCAACUAUUGUCAACAAAGACGACAACAACGUCCUUGUCGACCCCAGCCUCGAUGCCCAGUUACAAGCACUGCCCGACAAUACGUCCAUUCAGCAAUUCCUGGAAACAGUGCCCGAGACCCGCCAGGCGUCCGAAAUCCUCUUUCGUGCUGCUCUCGACCUCAAGUCACAACAGAGCAAACUGUUGGCAGAAAACCACUGCUGCAAUGACAAUAACAAGGAUGAUGUUGCUGCUUUCGGUCGCCUCCCACCAGCCGAAUACGCCUUCCACCCCCGUGAAAUCGACGCAUUCCUAGCCAGCAAGCAGGCAGAGACAGACAAGUUCCGCCACAACCUUGACGCGGAACUGGCAGCAUGCAAGGCCCGAUGCGCCGACAUCAAGCGCACAGCGUGGGACGACAAACUCGUGCCCCUCAAAACCAUCUCCGGCUUCUCCACAGCAGCCAAAGUGUCCAACUUUGACAUUGCCGCAACGACUAAUGCUGCUGCAGCCAACACCAACAACAGGAAAGGACAAAGAAGCAGCAGCAGUAGUAGCACUAGUCAAAACAACGUGGCCCUGCUGCUGUUUGGCAAUGUUCGAGACCCAGCAUUGCGGUCCAUCCUGGACCACUUUGGACCAACGCUCCAUGCCCAGCAUGAGCUCAACACGAUCGACCGGAAACAGCAACAAGUGGCGGCCCUCAACAACAUCAUCUACGAACUUCAAACCCAUCUCAAUGCUGAGUUCGAUGCACUGCUGGCCGACAAGUCCCUCCGUCUCCAGCACUUUGCCCGUGCCAAAACGCGAACGCACGAGAUACAAGACGAACUCACAUUCCUGCACCAACGCUCACUGCCGGCCAAGGCUGUCCAGUUCCUGGCCAACGGAGUGUCCCUCCCUCCUGCCAACUUUGAAGAGCAUCCAGAGCUCAUCUUUGAGUCUGCAUCCGCUUCUUCUGCCAUUGAAAAGCUCCCACAACUGACGACGGCCACUAAUAACGCUGACGCCACUGCCGCCCAAACCCAAACCUCCACCUCCACCACAGCAGCAGCAGCAACAACCACCGCCACCACCACCCUGGGCAAUUCUGAUCCUCCAUUCCGAUCCCUGGCUCUGAUGGAUAUGAUGAACGGCGUGCUAGAGCCCAAGCGAAAAGAUGCCCUGUUCAAGGAGGUGCCAGUGCCGCAGUUCGUGCUGGCCAAGCCAGCCGACGAGUGGGACGCCAACGAGCAGGCAGCACAUGCAGCCUACAAGGCACAGCUCCAUGCACUCGACCAGCGUCGCAACGACUACAAAAAUGAACUGCUGACCGAGAUCGAUGCCAUGGAGUCAUCCAUCAAAAGCAGCAAGCGUGAGUUCGACUCCCGCCUCGACACUCUCGCCUCGCUCAAAGUGGACGUAGCCACGCUUGUGGCACGCGCAGAAUUCGCCGUUUCUCGCCUGUUGGCUGACGUCCGUGACAUGCAGCAGCUUGAAGCAGCGACUGCCGAGCUGGAUGCCCAAGCACGCCAACUGCUUGCCGCAUCACGCGAGGCCAAGGCCGAAAUGCGGGCUCUGGAUCCCGUGCUGGCUGCAACAGUCCGGAUCCGCACUCAGUGGUCUGAACGCGGGGCCCAGCUGGACCGCGACGCCAGUGACAUCAUCACCAAGUCCGCAGCGUCGGCCAAGACCCAGGAGUCUGCCUGGUGCGCCUUCAAGAGCCACCCAGCCACCUUCAGCUCAGCCGUCGCCAGUGUACUGGCGAAACACGACGACAACCUGUCUGAUGCAUGCAAGCCGGUGUCCAUCGGCGAAAUCCCAACGCUGGCACAGGAACUCGAUGAAAUGGACACAGCAGCAGCCAGGCCCACUGGUCUACCUGCAGAAACGUGGCAGAAGCUGACAGCGUUGAGGAGAGAGCGACUGGCCUGCGAUCUCAACCACAAACUGGCCGACAACGUCGGGGCCCGAUGCCAGGCCCAGCUAGAGAUGGCUGCCACCAAGUUCAAGGCUGCCGAGGCUGCGUUGGAUGAGAAGCGCCACGCCCUGAGGUUACUGGCCCAGGGCCUUGACAACUACCGUCUCCAGCCCGAAGUGCAAUUCGUCGCGCCACUCGGUCUAUGCGAGCUCGACCAAUACGCAUUCGACGCCGACGUCGAUGACUUGGACACAGUUGCUCUUGAAACGUGUCCUUCCAACACUACCAGAAUAGCCCCCACCACCAGUAAUAAUCAUAAUGCAUCCGCCGCUUUCAUCGCCGUGCCCAAAGACGACGUGGUCCACAUGGACUCGCAACUCCGGGCCAUGGCCGAGCAGUCAUCCAACAAUUUCCGCACACUCGCCGCCAUCCGCGAACGCCUGGAACGGGCCCAGUGGGACGAGACCGAGUACGUGGACAAGUGCGAGCAGAUCUUCCGCGAGCUGCACGAGAUUGACAAGUUCAAGCUGGACCGCGAGGCACGCAACUUCCUCAGCAAUGGACUCGAGACGUGCACCUUCUCCGCACCUCUCACACACUUGGAGGCUGACUUCGUUGAGAAGCGCGUGACGGACUUAGAGCGGAGGUGCUCAAACUUGCAGGAGGGCAUCCGAGCCAAGAUGGAGGAGAACGAGGAGCUGGACAGGAAGGUGACCGAGUUGGAGAACGCGCUGCAACACCCGCUGUCCACCAUGGACCUCACCAGCAUGUUCGCCGAGCGCCUCGAGCCAAUCUGGAGAGAGAAGCAGUUGCAGGACCUCAUCGGCCUACAAAAGGACCGCAUCGUCAAGCUGGAAAAGGAGCUGGAAACACUCAACAUGCGCACUUAUCCUACACUUGCGAAUGGACAAUGA